GUUUUUCUAUGCAUCUUUCGAAGCAAAAUGUGGCAAAAUGUUAAUCUUGACAAUAAUAGGUUUGAUGCUAUUUGAAGCAAACAGUCAUAAUUUCACGGAAAGAAUAAUAGGCGGCAACAAAUGUUCUGUAGAAGAAAAUCCUUUCGUAGUAUCCGUGAGAACUACCCACAAGCUUACUCAUUUUUGCGGAGGAUCUCUGAUAAAACCCCAAUGGGUCCUAACUGCCGCUCAUUGUACAUAUGAAUUCGUUAGGGAACCUGACAAAAUUACCUGUAUUAUCGGACUUUCUGAGUACCAGAGGAGUAAAGUACAAUCCAUUGCAGCGGAUUUGAUUCAUGUCCAUGAGUAUUAUACAUUUCCAGUAAUCUUCCAUGACAUUUCGUUGAUUCAUCUAAUAAGACCUGCUAUAUUGUUCGAUAGUGUAGGUUUGAUUAAGAUGCCCAAGGAAUAUCAAGAAAAAGUGGAUUGUUCAGUGGGAAAAAUGACGGGAUGGGGAUCUAUGCGAGCGUGGGAUCCAGAUAAAGACGUAAAGCCUAAGACAGAAUUCUCAAGUCAUCUUAUGUGCGUCGAAGUAGAUGUAAUGAGUACUGAAGAAUGUAUGAAGGAAUCUAAAGGCCGAGCUAAUGAGUUUGUGCUUUGCACUCUGAUAGGAAAUGAAUCCAAAGACGCUUGUCAGGGAGACUCGGGUGGAGCGUUAUUCUGCGGAAGGACGCAAAUAGGGAUAAUAGCAUCUGGAAAAGGAUGCGGUGUGGCUAAAAAUUUAGCUUAUUACACAAAUGUUCCAAGGUAUCUGAACUAUAUCGAGAAUAUUAUUUCUGGCUGUAAAAAUACGAUAGAUAACAUUUUAGCAAUUUACUUCCGCGUUAUACUUCUUUGUUGUUUGUUGAAAAAAUUGUGAAGUCUUGGGCGUAAAAUUUUAUUUCAACAAUUUCUUUAGUAGGUCACCUUUACUUUUUCUUUUGUUAUGUGUUAUAAUAUUGAAUUGGAACGAAUAAAACUUAUAGUUUU